GCGGUGUUUCCCAUUAGAGGCUGCUCUAGAUUUCCCUCGCUCUCUUUUGCCCUCUAGAAGCCGACAAGAUGAGUAAAGUCACUCGUGAUACCCUCUACGAAUCAGUUGGUGCGGUCCUUCAAGGAUCCAAAGACAAAAAACGCAAGUUUACGGAAACAGUAGAGCUCCAGAUCGCUCUAAAGAACUAUGAUCCCCAGAAGGACAAACGUUUCAGUGGUACUGUCAAGCUAAAAAAGAUCCCACGUCCACACAUGAAAGUGUGUGUAUUUGGAGAUGCGUCACAUUGUGAUGAGGCUAAUGCUAAUGGCAUUCCUUGUAUGGAUGUAGAGGCAUUGAAAAAAUUAAACAAGAACAAGAAGAUGGUGAAAAAAUUGGCCAAGAAAUAUGACGCUUUCCUUGCAUCUGAGAGCUUGAUCAGACAGAUUCCUCGUAUUCUUGGACCUGGYCUUAACAAGGCUGGCAAGUUUCCAACUCCCAUCACACAUGGUGAAAACAUGGUACAGAAGGUUGAGGAUGUGCGAUCUACCAUCAAAUUUCAAAUGAAGAAGGUGCUGUGUCUCAAUGUUGCAGUUGGACAUGUUGAAAUGUCUGAUGAAGAACUUGCAGGCAAUGUCAAUCUUGCCAUCAACUUCCUUGUCUCACUUCUGAAGAAGAAUUGGCAAAAUGUGCGUGCUCUGUACAUCAAGAGUACCAUGGGUAAACCUCAGCGCUUAUAUUAGUUUGUAAUGUAUUAUUGCAAACAAUAUAAAUAAAAUCAAACAUCCACCACUGAA